CUAGAACUCUCUUGGAACUCUCUACUGGCAGACGGCUCGGAACUUUUUCUGGACAGACUGAAGCAUAUAUAGAGCUACGAAAACGAAAUAACUGGCUUUUUGAAUCCUUAGAUGGCUCCGCUACUGUCCAAAAUCUUUCCCCGAACCCCCGUAAUAUCUGAUGGAGGACUGGGAACUACACUUGAAAAUGACUUUCAUGUCGAUAUAUCGAAUACACCUCUAUGGUCCUCACGAGCCGUCGUCGAGCAGCCCGACGUCAUGAUUCAAGCCCACCUCGCCUUUCUCCGCGCCGGCGCGCAACUCAUCCUCACCUCCACGUAUCAAUCUUCGUUCAGCACGUUCUAUCGAUCUGGAUACAAAAAAGACGAAGCGAUCGCGAUCAUGCGUAAAUCUGUGCAGCUAGCCAACGAGGCGCGCAAGAUCUUCAUUGAUAGCGCGCGUCCUGCAGGCUCACACGACGUGCGGAUUGGUCUUUCUUUGGGCGCAUUCGGUGCGAGCCUGGGUAUCGCACACGAAUUCGACGGGUACUAUCCUCCUCCAUAUGGACCUCGGGCGUACACAGAAGGAGACAAUCUCAACUCGUACAGUCCAGAUGAGACUGAGCAGGAGCAAGCAUCCGUCGACGCUCUCGCUUUGUUCCAUUUCGAGCGCGUUGAGGUCUUCCUGAGCGAUCGGGAAACCUGGGGCCAAAUUGACUGUCUUGCAUUUGAGACGAUUCCUUUGGUUAGAGAGAUACGGGCUAUCAGGAAAGCGAUGGGAAUGGUGGAAGCUCGGAUAACGCAAGACGGCCUCGGCCUCGAGUCAAAACCGUGGUGGAUAGAAGCCGUGUUUCCUGAUGGAGUGUAUCCCGAAACUCUACCAAGAGCAGAAGGAACGCGACUCGGGGUUGCUGAUGUUGCUGCUGCGGCGCUGAGGGACGAUGGCUUACUACCCGCUCCGUCUGGUUUUGGAAUUAACUGUACCGCCAUGGAGCAUGUACGGGCUCUGGUACCCCAGGUCACCAAUACGGUGAAGGAGCUUCAUCUGCCUCAGAAACCUUGGUUGGUAGUAUAUCCAAACGGAGGCGACGUGUACGAUGCAGUGACACAAACAUGGAUGACGAGUGAUACAAGGUCUGUAAUUGAGAAGCGCGAAGAAUGGGUACAGAAUAUGGAGUGCAUCGUGAAAGAUAUUGAAGGUGAAGUACCAUGGGGGGGCAUAAUAGUCGGUGGAUGUUGCAGGACCAAUCACGAAGAUGUCGAGAGGUUAUGUUCCAUACUGAAACCAGAGAUUACCCCUUGAAUUUUUCUCAGAGGGCUAUAAUAUAACGAUUUGUCC